GCCACACUUGGAGAUGGAUUGAAGAAGCAAGAUGGGAGGAGGAGGAGACAAUGGGGAAAAGGCCAAAAAUUAAUACAUUGCUUUUUAUCACUGAUUGGGAAUCCUGUGUGUGUCAGUGCCUAGGUCAGUCUCUUUAGGGAUUCAAGUCAAUGGGUAUCUAUGUCUGAGUUUGUGAAGUUCCAAGGCAGCCUGGACAUUUGUGGGGUAUCAUCCCCAUCUUUUUGCGUUGGCCCACAAUGGUGAUGUCUUGAGAUGGAUUGAAUGAAUGAGGAACUUUAUUUUUUACCACUAGUUGGUAGGAGUCAGUUCCAACUAAAAAUAGGAGCCAGGGUGAUGGCUUCUUUUCUCUGCUGUGGCUCUUUGCCCUGCCCAUAUCCUUUUGGGGAAAGAGCACAAUUUCUCCCUCCAAAAGUCUCUGCUCCUCAACAUGCAUAGCACCAGCUCUUCAACCUCAGAGACCAACCCCUUCUCCUGUCUGCCCCAGGCUUAGUCCAUUUCCCUAGUCUCCCUUCCCCUCCCCCUUUCUAGCCCCAUCAGGAGAUGAACCAGCCAGCCCAAGACAGGGUGUGCCAAUGGAAAUGAUAAUACCUGAACAGCCAUGGCUGUUCAGUCUAUGCCAGGCCCUGCCUCUGAGACUCUACAGCAGGAGGAGCAAAGCCAGAGGCCUGGGCGCCCAGGUCUGGAUCAAACACGCUGGAAACUGGUUUCAGCUGAAGUAAAACUGGCUUGAUAUCCCCAUUACCAGCCAGGUUCUGCCAUCCCCCAUCUCCCUGGGCCUGGGCCAAGCCUCGCCUCCUCCGACAACAGUUCAUCUGGGGCCACUGAGAACAUUCCCGUAAACUUUUCAUGAGCACAAAGUGACGGACUCACAGAGAUUCAGAUAGACACUGGUUCCCAUUCAGACUUGGAGAUAUUCUGCCACAGUCCAGACAGAGCUUGGGAUGUGUGGACACACUGACACAGACCAGUGGGUUCUCAUAGUCACAGACAGACACAGGUUUGUACCCAGAAAGGCACCUCGGCUGAAAUACGUAGCAUUUCUUGUGCAGAUGCCCCCAGACUGUCUCCCACACGUGUGAAGGACAGACUUCUGCAAGAAUGGAGAUGCCACACUAUCUCAAUGCAGAUAUGUAGGUUCACAAAAUGGUUCAUGCAGGACAUGAGGAGACAUACGCAGACACAAAUGCUCAAACAAGCCCUCUUUGCCCUCCCUGCUACUCUUCUCCACCAGAGCUGUGCGGCCUGAGGAGGAAGUGGUGGGAAUAGGGCUCAAGGUCUGGCAUCAGGUUAUACCUAGAGGCUGAUCUGGCUGGCACCCCUGCUGUUCCCCAAGGUGGGCGACUGUCAGACUACCUCCUCUCUGAAAAAGGCCCUACAGAUGGAGAUGGGGGAAGCCCCUCUACUUGUUAUCUUGGUCCUAUGAGCCCCUUUACCUUUAUGGGGCAGGGGACUGGUGAGAAUGGGAUGAGGGAAAGACAAAGGAACCCUGAUUUGGAAGCCGGGUCUCCCCCAUCCCCACCGUACAUGAGGGCCAUAUACUGAGUUGGGCAUCGGUCUUCCUAAAUGUUCAGCCUCACCUGAGUGGCCACAGGGCAAAACCUGGAUGGUGCUAGGAGCAUUGUCCCUGGCCCAGGGCGCUGGGUGCUGUCCUGGGACAGGCUAUGUGGGAGGUUGGGGCACGCAGCUCCCAGCCAGCAGUGAUCGACAGGUUAGGUCCUCCUUCGCUUACUAAGAAACUUGGCCUUGCUGACGUGGAACUGGCCUCAAGCCCAGGAGCAGGUGGCUGGUAUAAUUUCUUGGUUUGCUCAGAGCUUCCCUCCCAACCCACAGUAUUCCUGUCCCAGGACAGGAUCUACAAGAACUUCUAAGCUGGUGAGUUAAUAUUUAUGUAGAAGCAGGUGACAAUUGAAAGAGACAGAUGGGCAGAAAGCUCCGAGCGAAGACACCAGGAGGAAUUUUCCAAGCUGCCACCUCCUGACUCCCAAGGGUCAUUUUCUGACUCGGGCUGCCCUGGUGAGCUGCUUCUGGAGGUGGGGGGACAGGGGGACAAGAAGGGUGCUCAACAAUGACUUUCUCCUUUUUGCUGCCCCUGGUGGUGUCCCUUUCCCUAGCCUCCCUCCCAGGCUGGCGCUGCCCUCCUAAAUGUGUUUGUGGGCAGAAUGAGCAGGUCAACUGCUCUAGGAGGGAACUCCACUCUGUGCCUAGGAUUCUGGGCCCUAGGGUUCGAGUUCUUCAAUUGGGCCACAACCAUAUAGACUCCUUACCUCCAGGGGCCUUCGCCAGUGUACCCUGGCUGUAUUCACUGGAGCUUCAAGACAAUGGACUACAGACAGUCCAUGUGCAAGCCUUCUGGGGCCUGAGGGACCUGAGAAUCCUAGAUCUAAGUGCCAAUGCUCUUCGGGUGCUGGAACCUGGCACUUUCCAGCCACUUCGAGCUCUCCACAUCCUGUCCCUGGCAGGAAACCGGCUGAUGCAACUGGAGCCCACAUGGCUGGGUUCCCUGCCCCUGCUGCAGAACCUUAGUUUACAAGAUAACCUGCUUCCUAAUGUGGGCUCUGGGGUCCUCGACGGGCUGCCUUCCCUACGUGAGCUGAACCUCCAUGGGAACCCUUGGGUAUGCGACUGCAAUAUUCACUCCCUCUGCCGCUGGUUGCGUAGCCACACACGCCAGGCCCCAGGAACAGAGUCCUUGCUGUGUGUGACCCCAGACCGAAUGACUCUCAGGCCAAUGGCUGCCCUCACAGAUGCUUCAUUUAAUUAUUGUGCACACUCCAUGACCCCUCAGGACCUGGUGGUCAUCAGUGUACUUGGACCCCUCUCAUUUCUAGCCAGUCUAGUUGGCUGUCUCAUCCUUGGCUCCUUGCUCACUGUCUUCCGGGCUCGACGUAGAAACUGUAGAAACUGCUGUGACUGUGUUGCCCGCUGUCGGGUGAAGAGACCCAUCCCUCAGGCCCUUGUCCUGUAUGACCCCUCCGAGAACCCAGUCACUAGCCUCCCGGCCCCAUCCUGUUCUCUCUGA